AUGCCCUUUGCCCCAUUUACGGGAGUAAACCACCACAUGCAGUCGAUACAGUUUGGAUGUGCACUUUUACAAGACAAGACAGAGGUGACAUUUAAAUGGUUGUUCGACACAUGGCUUGAAGCUAUAGGAGGACGUCCUCCAACUUCUAUCAUCAUUGACCAAGACUUGGCAAUGAAGGCAGCAAUUGCCAAAGUUUUUCCUAACACCCGUCAUCAUUUAUGCAUUUGGCAUAUCAAGAAGAAAUUCGUUGAAAAAAUGUCGCAAGUGUACUUCAAGAAAUCAAAAUUCAAGAAGGAUGUGAAAAAUUGUAUUUGGGCAACAUAUAGGAAAGAAGAUUUUGAAAAGAGAUGGAUAGAAUUGAUGAAGGAGAAUGGGUUGGAGGGCAACAAAUGGCUUCAACAAUUGUAUGAUAUUCAUGAGUCAUGGGUACCCAUUUAUAAUCGUGGCACAUUCUUUGCUAAUAUGAAUACUACUGGAUGUAGUGAGGGUGUCAAUUCAUUUUUUGAUGGUUUUGUUACCUCGACGACAAAUCAAAGAGUUUGUAGUCAACAUGCGGAAAAAAUUUAUACUAGAAACGUCUUCAACAAGUUCAAGGAUGAAAUAAGUGAAGUCUUUUAUUACAAAGUUGAAGAGGUGGGAAAUGCCAAUGGAUUUCAAUCGUCCAUUGUGAAGUCAAAAGAACAUGAAGUUAAAAAGUUCGCAGUGACAUUGGAUUUGCAAACGUAUGAGGGUGUGUGUGAAUGCCAAAAUUUUGAGUUUGUUGGUAUAUUGUGUACGCACAUUUUGAAAGUCAGCACUUGGGAUUUCAUGAGGACGUGGGUUUUCAUGAGGACGUGGGUCGGUCUCGGAUUGCAUGCUAGGUUUUUGUCGAAGGAGGUCAUUAUGAAGAAGACGUUGAAAUUAGGUGGAGAAUUGAGAUUUGGUGAAUUUUUUGUUUUUCUGUUUGUGCACGAGCUUCCUCUUGAUUGUAUCAACCAAAACUGCCACUGUAUUGGUGUUGUCAAAGUAAUCAGAAUUGAGAAAUAUGAGAAUCAUCUCAUCUUCCACGUGGAUGUUUUGUACGGGUGUAUGUACAACCUUAAUGUGUUCUAUUAA